AAUACUCUUUUUCUCCGGCUGACCAUGGCGUUCACGUUCGCGGCCUUUUGUUACAUGCUGGCUUUGCUUCUCACGGCGGCGCUCAUCUUCUUUGCUAUCUGGCACAUUAUUGCUUUCGAUGAAUUGAAAACAGACUACAAAAAUCCUAUAGACCAGUGUAACACCCUCAACCCUCUUGUGCUUCCGGAGUAUCUGAUUCAUGCUUUCUUCUGUGUCAUGUUUCUGUGCGCUGCGGAGUGGCUUACCUUGGGUUUAAACAUGCCUCUUUUAGCUUAUCAUAUUUGGAGGUAUAUGAGUAGGCCGGUCAUGAGUGGACCAGGACUGUAUGAUCCUACAACUAUUAUGAAUGCUGAUAUACUAGCCUACUGUCAAAAGGAAGGGUGGUGUAAAUUAGCGUUUUACCUUCUGUCAUUUUUUUACUUCCUUUAUGGCAUGAUCUAUGUGCUGGUGAGCUCCUAAGGACACCCGAUUCUGAAGAUCAUGGUUCCAGUUACAUGCAUGCAAAAGUUUAACACUAUAGGUAUGGGUUUGGAAACAGCCUAUUAAACGUGGCAGAUUGAGUCCCUGGAUUGCAUUUGCUAAAAGGAAACAUCUGCUUCCCAAAUUUUAUAAACAGUAGUGUGCAUAAAGUGUGCUGCAGGGAAGAUUUUGGAUUUUUUAUGAAGACUGGAAAAUGUUUUUAUUUAUCAAGUAAAGACUUGGUCAGAUUUUUUUCCCCCGUCUCCAUAGACCCCUUUAUUUACAGCUUAUCUAUAACAAUAUAACCUUCCUUUAUAUAAUGACCCCUGUUCGGUUAAUUUAGCAGUUAUGCUAUUGACAUAAUACCAAAUAGCGAUAGACUGGCUGCUUUCAAAUUCUCAGUUGCAUUGUAAACCUUUCUACAGUCUGUUUGCCCUGUUAAAUAUUUUGCACUCCAUUAAAAAAACAAAACAAAAAGGU